UCCCCCUCAGCCAAGACGAGUGGUUGGUGAAGGCGGUUGUCAGCCAAUCAUGGCCGCGGAAAUAAGGCGACUGGCGGCGCGGCGGGCGAGAUGGCUGUGUUUACAGGCGUGACGAAGUUACCAGGUGGGAGGCAGGUGAGGAUGAGGCCAGAAGGUAAAGACGCGCCUCUCAGAUUCUGGCAUCACUCGGCAAGACGUCACCGCACGCUCAGCUCACACGAGGGCUCGCGCUGGACAGGGAGCGACUAAAGGUGAUUGUACAGGUGUCUAACGUCACAACCUCACCUCCCCUCCUCCACCUGUGUCCAGGUGCUUGGUGCACACUCAGCAUCGGGACUUGCUUGUCGGGUGCGCAGGGUAGUCGACCGCCCGCUCUCAGGCGUGGGUGAUGCUGAGUCACAACCUUACGAGGCGCAUUUCGUCACAGACACCCGGGUACGGAUCUCCUCGUGCAGGUAUACUUCAGGUCAACAUCCAGUAACAGUGGUUGCACCCACUGACUUCUCAUCUCAUAAGGCGAGGUGACCUCGAAGGGUGCGUACAAACUACCAUAUUAGCGAUUACUUACCUGAUCUCCGUGGGGAGAAAAAAUUUUCGAUCGAGUAGAUUGGAAGUAAAGCAGGUCUGAGGCAGAAGAUAGAGGUGAGAAUCACUCAACCAACAUACCUCGACAAGUCAAUCAUCUUUUAGCAGAAACUUACCUAAAGCAUCUUUGAACUGAAACUUGCGUCGCGUUUGUGUUAACCUCUGACCCUUGGUCAACCAACAUCUACAUUCGUGUGUAAGACUACACACGGUUAUCAUCAGAGAGAGGCUUCAGUCGACAUUGAAGACUUCGUUGUCGGCAGAAAUGAAGAGUUUAAUCAUCAUCGCAAGUUUCGCUGUGGCGCUGGCUGGGACUCUGGACAUUGUGGCUCCAAGGAUGAUGGAAGCCUGCGUGCUGGACGUGGCCCUGCUGGAGGUGGAGGCCCCCCACUACACGCUGGACGACCUUUGUGUUGCAGGAAACAACAAAGUCACCGUCAUCAUACGCUGUGCCUCCGGGUCAAGGUAUGCCAGCCAAGCUUCCCUCAGUCCAUGUCUACAGCAGCCCAUAGUAACACUACAGUACGACACUAAGGGAGCUGAGGCAACCAACAUCACGCUGCUGCUGUGGCUGAACCUGGGUCACGAUGUCCUAGACUCGGCAAGUUUCAUAUUCUCUCCUGUUGGAGACAGUAUAUUUUCGGCUAAUCACGUUCUUGGAGACCUUCAGAAAACAAGAUUCCAUUUAGCAGUUGCCAAGCGGUGCUUUGGAGACGUGGAAACCGAACGGGCGUCCAUGGACGAAGCGGCUGAUGCUGGUGGUUCUCAGCCCUUUCCGAAUAGCGCCUUCUCUAGUCUUAAUCACCUGACUGCCAGACACAGAAGAGACACGGACGCCACCCUCAGGCCCUUGAAGACUGGCGCCCAGGCUAGCCUCACUCUCGACGUCUCGCCAGCCAUCUUGACUCGGGACUCCAGCCCGGGGGUGGAGACGGUCUUUAUCGGCGAGAGCUUUGCGCGAGACGACAAUUUUCCUGUUGUCACCAACAGCCUGGACAGUUACUUCAGCGAGUUUUAUAGCAAGAGGACAAAAGUUGAACCGCUUCCUGCGUCUCCUGAUGAAACCGCUUUGCUAGGCAACAGCGUCCCUGGCAACGAUUUGUACCUCUUCGGUGAGGCAGUCAGCGAUGAUAACAGCACGCUCCUCACCUUUACUAGCACUCAAACCACUAGCCAACCUCUUCAAGUGACUGCGCCAAGAGUGACAUCCGCUUCUAUAGUCACCUCAGAGCUUCCAGAAAAUUCUCUUGGCCACACGUCAGGGGCAACAGGCAGCACGCUCAGUUUGAACUCCUCCUCACAAGCGCCGUUGAAUUUCGAGCCAAAGGAAACAAGAUCCAUUUUUGUUGGUUCCUUGACAGACGAUACGAUUAGUUUGUCCACGGGUGAAUUAGAAACGUCUGAUUCAACCUACCAAUCAACUACGACAGCUGGACCAUACACACAACCGAAGGACUUCACUUCUGUCUCUUUUUUCGAGGAGACAAUCAUGUUUGGGAACAAUGCAGGGAGAAGCUUGUUCUUAGAAACGAAAGAUGAUGUGACAUCACCUGAAGCAAAGAACACAGCUGCAGAUGUGACACGUGUGCCAAGUGACGGCACCACAAUGCCCCACACGUCCGUUGCGGGAGACUACUCACAGCAAGAUUUAAAAGAAUCAGCAAUAACUUCUACUCUGAUGUCGAGAGCCAGCCUGACCUCGACUGUGGCCAUAUUGUCCUCCACUAGUGAUGCUGGUACAGUCCUGAAUCCUCUGGAAAACACAGACACAACAGCUUCUCCUCUGGAGUUUGUGUCAGAGGGAGUAAAUCCUUUGGGUCGAAGUACGGAUACACAAACUGGCUCAGAUUCACAUAUGGUCUCCGAGUCCCAAUUGGACACAUCUGCCCAAACGAUUUCCGAUUCUCUAACGGCUAGUACAGAAAGCACUUUAGGUCAGGGGCCAUCUGACUUGCCCGACACAAGUGCCAGUGUCGUGGUACCUGUGGCCAGUCUUAGUCCGCUUGACGUUUCUGUCUCCGUGCACCGCCCGGAAAGCACAGUAUCAUCUCAACAUUUGUCUCCUCCUACAUCACCCCCUCAAACGUCGCACACGCCACCGACUGACUCAUCGCCACUGACUACUCCGAGUACGCCAACAUCACGUGCCACAGACUCGCCGACGGAAGCCACGUCACUCACUACCUCGAGUGCGUCACAUUCGCCGGAACAAUCUACGUCACCCAUCACCACGAGUACCUCAACUCAGCAGCAGACACAUCCUACGGUUCCCACUGCGUCAGUUCAACCGCAAGCGUUCUCCACGAUUCCAACCCCGCCGAGUCAACAGCAAACAUUUCAAGUGUCCUCCUCCAUUGCGCCGUCAUCACCAGGCACUCCUGUUCCAUCUCCCACGUUGCCUGAGCAAGACACGUCGUCGACGUCCUCCACAGCAUCGUCAGAUCACCAACCAGAUGUCCCGGUUACUCCUCUCUUCCCUGAUGCUCAAACCAGCUCCUUGCCUUCCGACCUGACCACCAACAUCACCUUGGAAACAGGUUCCCGAGGCAACAGCAGCAGCUGGGAAGGUCCCAUAAAUAACUCGGAUCGCGGCGAUGACGCCUUCUGGCCUAUUGUCGCUGCCCUCGUCAUCGGCAUCCCAACUGUCAUCGUCUUCGGCAUCGCCAUAGUCGUCAUAUACAAGCGGAGACUGGCUUCCCCGGCACGGCUAAGGGCCGCCAGCAUGUACCCCUCCCUGUAGGACAGCACAAGCCGUUUGUUACUAACCUGCUUCCCGAUAGACAAGAACAAGGUAACAGAUUUUUGAACUUACAUGAGGGGUUUUCAGAGUUUGCUGAGUUGGAGAAAUAAGCGAUCUAUAUGGCUUCUUUGAGAAGCGAAAAGCUUGUUCUUGCAGAAAAUCACAUUCACCGUCAAUGACUAUAGUUCCGCUUUUAGAGCGCACCUAAAUGAUCAUGGAUCAUAUGCGAUGUGGGAUGCAUAAAGAUGACUAAUUGUGUCUGACGAACACUACUUGUGGGAAAUAUAUUCACCACAACAAGAAACGUACACGUAACUGCGAAUUUCCUGGAAACCCCUCACGUGAAGUUUUUCUAGUUGUUUUACUAGAUAUGUCAAACCCGGAUUUUUUUUUUUCUCUUUUCUUUAAGCUGUGAACUAUUAGAAAAUUAAAUUUGUUUUCAAAUAUGAACAAGGAAAUUUCUCCAUAAAUAAUUUUUAAAACGAUAUUUCUGCUGCAAAAGCCUGCCAAAAUAUUUUAUAACUAUUUUACAUAAGUGUUUUUGCAAAUAUUGCAAAUGCUAAAUAUCGAAACCAAGCCAUUUUUUCAUAAUAAUAUAAGACGAAGACUAUAAGAAUAAAAGAAAACGAUAGCUGAUAACGAUUACGUCUAUAAAAUAUCUUUUAUAUAAAACUUGCUAAACAACUGCGAUUGUAUUAUAUAUUGUAAAGUGGUCCAAAAUUAAAAAAAUAUUUCAUAAAUGAGAUCUCUAUACAAAGCUGCGCAGUAGGUUGGCUUGCUAAACGGCGACUGUUUUCUAUAUAGAAAAAUCGACCAGAGACGAGCACUGAACUUCGGCGGAUCUCAUCGGCCAUCGAUCGAUGUUUGACAUCUGAACUUCAAAAGCACUGUAGAUGAACAUCGGUCGUUUUCGACCUAUUGUGUGCUUUUUUCAGCUUCGACCUGCCAGUCAGGACAUGUGAUAGAAGGGUCUGGAUGUGUGGACUGCGAUGCCAGAAGGUGUGCUCAUUGUGUAUGGACUGCAUCAUCGGGGUUUUGACAGACAUUUACAAAAUAAUUGUGAUUUAUAAUGCUCUCCCAUGUACAUACACGUGUUUAGUUUGAUCGCAGUUUGCCUCACUGUCGCUCGUGUGUGACAGAAUAUUGCAAACGGUACUGUCGUGGGCCUCUGUACAGAAGUGUGUGCGCGCAUCCAUGAGUGAACUGACAACACGUGAGUGUGCGUGCACGUUUGUAUGUGUGCGUGUGGGUGGGUGGAUGUGUGAGAGAGAGAGAGAAAGAGAAAGAAAGAAAGAUAAUUUUAAAUAUCUUUAUGCAUAUGGAGGGGUGUGUGUGUGUGUGAAAGAUAGUUUGUAUACCUCCGUGCUUGUGCACUUGUCAUAUGGGUAGUUGGACGGGUUCGGGUGAGUGAAGAUGUAUGAGCGAGUAGAUUGGUGUCGUGUUGGGUGAGAGUGGCAUUUUAGUGAGCAUAUUUUUGUAUUGUUUUCAAACUGCAUUUCUGAUUUCUUUCGCCUUUUGGGUUAUUUUUAUACUUAAGCUUCCCCUGUACAAAAUAAUUCCUUUUUCGUAAACAAUUGUAGUUGAGACAAAUGCUCAUAAAUUACUGUACAGAUAUUUUAGAACAGGUUGCAAAAGUCUGGAUUUUUUCCAUCGAUGGUUACUUGUGCGACCAUCUAGGAAAAGAUGUUUCCUAAAUUAUUGAACUUUCAGUUUUUACACGCAUUCACAGAACGCAUACCGCAACUCGCAUACAGACGCUCUCGCACACAAAAAUUAAAGGCGUGGACGACCAAGUGCUCUGAGUUCUUAAUGUUCUGAUGUUGAAAACCGCAGUCGUACAAAAUGUUAUGACCACGAUUACACUGUAUUAACGCCUCUCAUAGUGUGUUUUCAGUCUACGGAUGUAUCAAGGCAUUACUGUUACACACUGCAAUAUUAUUCUCAAACACAGACCAGUAAAGGGGUGGAAUGCUUACUGUACUUACUGAGGCUUGUUCUGGGCCAAUGCAGUGCCAUCUUCUCAACCAUUUCUAUCCGUUGAUUCAUUCCAUCUCCACCCACUGAUCCAUUCUCUCCACCCGUUUCUUCCUGCUCUAACUGUAGAACAUCAAAAUUUGAUUCACAUUUUCAUCGACACCUGUUUCUUGUGAGCAUAGUGCCUACAUAAAAGUAAAAUUUCUAGGUAAUCCAUCCUUGAAAAUAAUUUUCUUUUUUUUUUUUCUUUUCAAAAUCACGAUGUGUACCUUAACAUAGUCUCGUCGUGACAAAGACUUAAUGAUCUUUUGAAUGAAAAGUGUUUAAGUCGUUGCUGUAUGAUUUAUACCUAUUACAUUGACACUGUAUUACAUGAUUUAUGCCUAUUACACUGGCACUGUAUUAAUUAAUACAUGUUAACAUACCAAGUUCUCCCCUCAUCAAUGCGGGACGUUAGCAGUUGUUUUGACUGUGACGCUGUCACCUGAAGACCGAAAGACACAAGCGUGAUGCUGGACUGUCUCAUUAUCCUGAUCGUCAUUAACAGAGUCAUCGUGGCUAAGCAUGCGCAUCUUCCCAAUCGUCGAUAUCAUCCUACAUCUCAAUAUCCUGUUUGACAUCUUCCAAGUUCAACACUAGUAUUAUCAUUUUCUACACAAAAAUUUCAUCGUCACCCAUUCCAUCAAAGAAUAGAAAGACAUUAAUGAAAAGAGAGAAUGCGGCUUAUAAUAAUAAAGAGCAAUGGGUGUAUGUUGCUUUUCUUUUGAUUCUCUUGUCAACAAAGAUUUUGGUGAGUUUUCUUCACGCACAUCUAUGCGUGUGGAUCUAAGCAUGUAUAAAUAUAAAUAUGAGGAACACGUACAGGAAGAAUUCCGGUGAUCGAGAACUAGCAUUAUCAAGAUACAAAACAGUAUGCAUCAAACGUGCGGUAUAAUAUUUAUAGAGAAAACAUCCACUUUGUUCUGUACAUCACAAAUCUGAUUUUAAAUUGGAAUUUUUGUGCGCGGGUUGAAGGGGAGGCGGCAGAGUGGGUGUAUUUGUGCGUCUGUAUGUGCGUGUGUAAGAAAUUCAACAGUAUAAUUACCUUUCAUAUUAUUUGUUAUUCUUAAAGUGCUCACUGCAUUCAGUUCCUGUCUUUUUGUAAAAUCAUGUGGUCACAGCAUUAUCUUUAAACUGUGUAUGAGUUCAUCGUUUCAAGUCGUUUUACAAAACUUUUUAUUUAAACUGUGCUCUUGGAAAGUUUAGAGAUCAGUUCACUCCAAAAAUAAAAAAAAACUAGUCAUUAUACUUGUGUCAUUCAUGUACUUGAACUGAAAUAAAUAAAACAAGAAAAUAAU